CUGCCUUUGCAGGAAGGAGGAAGCGUCGAACAUCUCCUCCCUGCUGCCCCUAGCAAGGCCUCUGCUCUGACCGGGCCCUGCUACCGCCAUGUCUGCCUCUGCUGUUUUCAUUCUGGACAUGAAGGGGAAGCCCUUGAUCUGCCGGAACUAUAAGGGGGAUGUGAACAUGGCAGAGAUUGACCACUUCAUGCCCCUGCUGAUGCAGAAGGAAGAAGAGGGAGCCCUGACUCCACUGCUGACCCACGGCAGGGUGCAUUUCCUGUGGAUCAAACAUAGCAACCUUUAUUUGGUGGCCACCACACUCAAGAAUGCCAACGCUUCCCUGGUGUACUCCUUCCUCUACAAAGUUGUGGAGGUAUUCUCUGAGUACUUCAAGGAGCUAGAGGAGGAAAGCAUCCGGGACAAUUUUGUCAUCGUCUAUGAGCUGUUGGAUGAGCUCAUGGAUUUUGGCUUUCCCCAGACCACGGACAGCAAAAUCCUCCAGGAGUAUAUCACCCAGCAGGGCAACAAAUUAGAGACAGGCAAAUCCCGGGUGCCUCCUACAGUCACCAAUGCAGUGUCCUGGCGCUCAGAGGGUAUCAAAUAUAAGAAGAAUGAGGUUUUCAUUGAUGUGAUUGAGUCUGUCAACCUACUGGUCAAUGCCAAUGGGAGUGUGCUGCUGAGUGAGAUUGUGGGCACCAUUAAACUGAAGGUGUUCUUGUCUGGCAUGCCGGAGCUGAGAUUAGGUCUCAAUGACAGGGUGCUUUUUGAACUCACUGGACUUUCAGGCAACAAAAACAAGUCUGUCGAAUUGGAAGAUGUUAAGUUCCAUCAGUGCGUAAGGCUCUCCAGAUUUGACAAUGAUCGAACAAUCUCCUUCAUCCCACCUGAUGGUGACUUUGAGCUCAUGUCUUAUCGGCUCAACACCCAGGUAAAACCACUGAUCUGGAUUGAGUCUGUCAUUGAGAAAUUCUCACACAGCCGCGUAGAAAUUAUGGUUAAGGCUAAGGGCCAGUUUAAGAAGCAGUCAGUGGCCAACAGCGUGGAGAUCGCGGUCCCAGUGCCCAGUGAUGCAGAUUCCCCUCGAUUCAAAACCAGUGUGGGCAGUGCCAAGUACCUGCCUGAGAAAAAUGUGGUUAUCUGGAACAUCAAGUCCUUUCCUGGAGGAAAGGAGUACCUAAUGAGAGCACACUUUGGUUUACCCAGUGUGGAGAAAGAGGAGGUGGAGGGCCGGCCUCCCAUCUCAGUCAAAUUUGAGAUUCCUUAUUUCACUGUCUCUGGGAUUCAGGUCCGGUACAUGAAGAUCAUUGAGAAGAGUGGGUACCAGGCCCUUCCCUGGGUUCGGUAUAUCACCCAGAGUGGGGAUUAUCAGCUUCGGACCAGCUAGAAAAGAAACAGACCUUGGAGCAGCAAAGGCUGACAUCUUACCCUGUGGACCCUCCUGCCCAAAGUUUUUUUUAAAAGAGUGUAUUUGUUUGUGAGAAUGAAUGGCCCCUGUUCUUAUAUCUGAGAGGCAUCCAUCCCACCUAUGACUGUGAAUGGGAGGCAAUCUUGUCUGCGUGUUUAGGGGGCAGCUUUGGCCCUCAUCCAUUUGAGGGAUGCCUGUGGUCCCUGUUUGUGAAGUCUGCCUAGUCUGUAUUUGGGAGGGUGGGCACUCAUGGCCCUUGUUUGUGAGUCUCAGCCCCUUCAUUAUCCCCACUUCUGAUCUGGGGACCCAAGCCUGGAGGCAACCUCAAGUAGCUGGAGCCUCUUAGGUGGGAUUUUCUCUUACUAGAGAAGGUUGGGGGCGGGGGAAACAGGGGUCUGCUUAGAGCUCUCUCCUUCCAAUUUUUAUAUGAAGUAAAGGUGGGGGAACUGAUUUACCCCCCCCCCCCCCCCCCCCCCUGCCUCAGUGCCUUGUCAGGAGAGCCUGUUGUGCCUUUAAUCCCCUGAGUUUUCCACCCUCUUGCAUUCUGAGAGUGGGUUCUCUGUUUCUCCUCCCUAUCUAGUUUUAGGAUUUAAGAUUAAAGAAAGUUGAAACCUGA